UGGAGAGAAAAAGAGAAAAGAUGAACUGUGCGAAAAGUUCAGCUAAAACAAACAGGCCUACUGUCAACAGUCAACAUGGCGACGACGUAGUGCCGCCCGUCUUGAAACUAAUUCCAGCAUCGUCGGAUAGCUAUUAAUUUUCACACGAUAUUCGUUUUGCUUUGAGUAAGAAUUUUAACUGGCGAGCGAGAACGAAAAUGCUGUUGACGUUGAAGCCGGAUCAUAAGAAGCACGUAUUGUUUCUAGCCGAACAAUCAUCGCCAGUUUUGCAGGAUUUCUGCAAACUGGCUCUGGAUUAUUUGCAGAAGGGCCCGAACGUCAAGGUGUACAACGCUGCCGCUCAGAAGUUGAAUGUCGAGUUGGACGUUAUUAAAAAGUCAGUAGAGGGUCUGGUCAAUCUCCUGUUGGAGAGCUGCAAGCACAAGCUGAGCGCGGAGGAUUUCCGGGAUUCCGUGGUCGCUUUAGGCUUCACCGAGGACAAGGAGGCAAUACUGAGUAAAUUGUAUAACGUUAAGAAGAACGAAGUCUCGGACGCACUCGAAGAGAUUGGAUUUAAACUACCCAGAUACCACGACAUGGAAUGGAGAUUCGAAGUACAGACUGCGUCAAGAUCCCUGUUGAAACAAGUUGCGCCACUCGUCACUCUAGAUUUGUCACUGAAGAAUCCUGAUAAUCCAGAGGAAAUUGAACACGUUCUGCUGCAAACCGAUCCGACUAAUUUGCUUCAUAUGACUCAACAACUGGAGGAGGCUCUGCAAGAGAGUCGUAGCCAACAUAUUCGCAGAAUUUCAAGAGCAGUAAAAUGAGGCUUUUUGUAAUUUGCAUAAUCAUACUUGGGGCAAUUUAUUAAUGUAAUGUGUAAUAUAUAAAUAUAUAAAAAUAGAUAUAAAAGUA